GCAGUCACUCACUCACCGGCGCUCCUCCUGCCAUCACCGGCCCCCACCCCACCUCCUCCUCUGCUCCAGACUCCAGUCGGCGGCGGAAGCGGAGAGCCAUGGCGCGCGCCUCGCUGCUGCUCGCGCUGCUCGCCGUGGCGGCGACGGCGGUGGCCGGAGCAAGGGUGCCCGUCCCGCCCGGGACGGUGACGGGCCCACCCCUGGCGGCGUACGGGGGGAACGCGUCGUCGGUUGCGCGGCGGAGGGCGGCGGAGAACGGGCUCGGCAGGACGCCGCAGAUGGGGUGGAACAGCUGGAACCAUUUCGCCUGCCAGAUCAACGAGGAGAUCAUCAGGGAGACAGCUGAUGCACUGAUCAACACUGGUCUGGCGAAGUUGGGCUAUAAAUAUGUCAACAUAGACGAUUGCUGGGCAGAACAAAACAGGGAUUACCAGGGUAACAUGGUUCCACAUAGGCAAACAUUCCCCUCUGGCAUCAAGGCGCUUGCAGAUUAUGUGCACGCAAAAGGGCUGAAGCUUGGUGUUUACAGUGAUGCUGGGACACAAACGUGCAGUCUCAGAAUGCCAGGAUCACUAGAUCAUGAAGAGCAAGAUGUGAAAACUUUCUCAUCUUGGGGAGUUGAUUAUCUGAAGUACGACAACUGCAAUAAUGGUGGCAGGAAUGUGGUGGAAAGAUAUACUAAGAUGAGCAACGCCAUCAAGAAAUACGGGAAGAACAUCUUCUUCUCACUCUGUGAAUGGGGAGACAACAACCCUGCUACAUGGGCAGGUGGCAUGGGUAAUAGCUGGAGGACAACUGGUGACAUCGCCGACAACUGGAACAGCAUGACAUCCCGUGCGGACCAGAAUGAUAAAUGGGCCUCCUACGCCGGACCUGGUGGAUGGAACGAUCCUGACAUGCUUGAAGUUGGGAAUGGUGGGAUGACUGAAGCUGAGUACCGCUCGCACUUCAGCAUCUGGGCACUUGCCAAGGCUCCACUUCUGAUAGGGUGCGAUGUGCGCUCCAUGAGCCAGGCGACAAAGAACAUAAUCAGCAACUCGGAGGUCAUCGCCGUCAACCAAGGCAACCUAGGCGUCCAGGGAAAGAAGGUGCAAUCUAGUAAUGGUUUGGAGGUAUGGGCCGGUCCGCUCAGUGGCAACAGGAAAGCCGUGGUUCUAUGGAACAGGCAGGGGUACCAGGCAACCAUCACUGCAUACUGGUCAAGCGUUGGGCUCCCUGCAUCCGCCGCCGUCACUGCCCGUGAUCUAUGGGCGCACUCGUCAUCCUCCGCUCAGGGGCAAAUAUCCGCCUCGGUGGCGCCUCAUGACUGCAAGAUGUACAUCCUCACACCCAAGUAAUUGUAGAUGAAAGCAUAGACGAAGUCCGUAAUGGGGGUUACAGUCGGUCAUCUACAGGCCAAGAUUCAGGAAAAGGGUUUGCAGUGAAGGAUCGGUAGAGCUGAAAUGAAAUUUGAGAGAUGCAAUUUGGUUAUUUGUGUACCGCUGGAAAUAAACUGUAGGUGUAUACGAUGUGCUGCGAAAUGUCGGCGCAUUUGUUUCUGAACAAGUUUGCAAGUUGUAGCGAAAGUUGCAGCAAUAAAAAAGAAUCUCAUACCGCUCUCUUCUA